AUGGGAGAGGGAAGCCGCUUUAAUGGAAUGAAGCUGGAAUGGGGUUUUGAUCGGUUCAUCCCUCUUACUACAUUUUCCAAUCCUGAUAAUGGGUAUCUUGUCAACGAUACUUGUGUCUUUGGAGCAGAGGUCUUUGUCUGUCAGGAGAAAAAAAAGGGUAAAGAAGAGUCAUUAUUGAUGAUGAAGGACGCUAUUAAGUACAAGCACACUUGGAAAAUUGAGAAAUUUUCAAAGUUAGACAAAGGGUGUGAAGACUCUGACACAUUCAAUGCUGGAGAUCAAAAAUGGAAGAUACAACUAUAUCCAAAGGGAAAAAGCAGUGGCAUAGGAACUCAUAUAUCUCUGUAUCUGGCUUUGGCUGAUCCCACAGCCCUUCCUCAUGGCUCCAAAAUAUUUGCAGAGUUCAUAUUGCGUAUACUAGACCAAACGCACAGCAAUCAUGACUUCCGAAAAGCGACUUACUGGUUCAGUGCAUCAAGCCAACAAUGUGGUUGGCCUCGAUUCAUUUCACUCAGUUAUUUCAAUUCAUCUUUCAACGGCUUUCUGGUAAAAGACAGUAGCUGGGUGGAAGCAGAAGUCAUUGUCCAUGGGGUGGCUAAUGCACAGUAA